GACUGAGGGCCUCAAGGCAGGGCGGGCGGGGCCGCGACCCUCGACGGCCGCCGCCUCCCGUCAACCCGGGGUCGAGCGGCCGGACCGGAGGGCGACGAACGGCGCAGGCGCGGCGGGCCAGUGCGCCUGCGCAGGCCGCUUAAGACGGCCGUGCUGUCCGGCCGCGCGCCCGCAGAGUCGUCCGCCCGACGGAGCGGGUCACGGGGCGCCGACAGCCUCGGGCCUGAAGGGACGGCCUCAGGAGACCCGAGGAAGCGGGUGCUGCGCGCCGUGUGGCUUCAGUGCUUCCGCGCCCCGCAGUUUCGCGUCACUCGGGGGGUGGGGGGGCACGGGCGCACGCCUGUGGCUAAGGAAGGGCCGCGUGCGCCUACGCGGUGGGAAAGGGUUCCGGGGGCCGAACGGGAAAGCCAGAAAGACCUGGCAGGCUGCAGUGGGAUAGCCGUCGGCCAGUAAGCCCCCGAGUCAGGGUCUGCUUAAAUAAGGACGGCCCUGAAGAGUAAGUCGCGAGUGCUUCACGACUUGAGUUCUCAGGGAGCAAUUUGUUUCAGGAGCAACAAGGCAAAAUUGUCUUUACUUCUUCAUUUUAUCUAAGGUUUCUACCCCAGGAACAGACCUCUUUGCUCAUAUAAUGGGAUGAGCCAGAGUUGUUGCAGCCAGUGCUGAACUCAGGGUGACCUCCCUGCAGGGAUCACAAUGAUGAGUCCAGCUGCUGCCUGCCUUUGGAACAGCAGGGACAUCUGCUCUUGAAAGAAGAAACCAAGGAAUCUGCAGACCAGUUUUCAAGGCCACAGCCUUUCCCCUCUGGUACUUUCCGGACCUUAAAACUAGAAAUUACUGACUAGGAAAGGCGGACAUCAUGUUCACAGCGCCUGGCGUGGCGGCGGUUGGCGGAAGGCCUUAUUCCUGCAGUGAGUGUGGCAAAAGCUUUCGGUACAGUGCAGUGCUGCUGCGGCACGAACGUGCCCAUGGUGGUGACAAACGUUUCCGCUGUCUCGAGUGUGGUGAACGCUGUGCUCGAGCCUCAGACCUGCGUGCACACAGGCGGACCCAUGCUGGCCAGACCCUCUACGUCUGCAGUGAGUGUGGCCAGAGCUUCAGUAACAACAGCCUGCUGGACCUACACUUGGGGACACACCGAAGGCGUAGCCACACCUGCCCUUGCCGCCUCUGUGGCCGUCGCUUCCCUCACAUCCCUGCACUACUGCUACAUCGGGUCCGACAGCACCCACCUGAGAAGCCCCACCGCUGCCCACUGUGUGCCCGCUCCUUUCGGCAGAGUGCUCUUCCUUUUCACCUGGCACGGGUGCACCCCCCAGAGACCACCACUGCCACUGCUCCUCCUCCCAGCCCGCUGCACCACUGUACACAAUGCCCGCGGGCCUUUCAUAGCAGUGCUGGGCUGCGGAACCAUUCCCGCAUCCACGUCGUCCUCAGCCUCAGCGACCCUGGCGCUGAGGCCCACCAGUGUGGUGUGUGUGGUAAGAGCUUCAGCAAGAGUUCCACACUCACACGACACCUCCAGAGGCACUCGGGGGAGAAGCCCUACAAGUGCCCUGAAUGUGGCAAGGGCUUCUUGGAGAGUGCCACGCUGGUGCGGCACCAGCGAACACACACUGGAGAAAAGCCAUACGCAUGUAGCGACUGCGGGCGCUGCUUUAGCGAGAGCUCCACACUGCUGCGCCAUCAGCGCAGCCACCAGGGUGAAAGGCCCCACGUGUGCCCUACUUGUGGCAAGGGCUUUGGACAACGAUAUGACCUUGUGGUGCACCAGCGCAGCCACACGGGGGAGAGGCCUUUCCCGUGCCCAGAGUGCGGCCGGGGCUUCACAGACCGCUCAGACCUCACCAAACACCUGCGCACACACACUGGGGAAAAGCCUUACCACUGUGAGCUGUGUGGCAAGCGAUUCACCUGCAUCUCCAACCUCAAUGUGCAUUUGCGCAAUCAUGCCGGCCAUAAACCACACAAGUGCCCAGAGUGUGGCAAGUCCUUCAGUGUUGCUUCCAAGCUUGCACUGCACAGAAAAACACACCUAGGUGAGCGGACAGCAGAGUGCAUGGAGUGUGGCAAAUUCUUUAGCCAUGGCCGGUCACUGUCACAGCACCAGCGGUCCCACAGACGUGCUAGAGCAGCUGCAAUGGCAGCCACUACCACCACUGCUGUAGUCACUGAGGUGACAGUAGGUCCUCCCCUUGCCCUCACAGGGCCAACAGAACAGGAGAGAUCGGGGCUCCUAGUGUCUCCAUUUCAGGAAACUUGCUAAGAGGGCCCCAUAAGGUGGCUGGGUGAAUACACAUUCAACCCUGAGGAAAAGACAGCUCAGAUGGUUUGGAAGCCAGACCUACUGCUGUUGCAUUGUUGCUAGGUACUCACCUAGGUUGCCUUGUCUCUAAACCAAGAUCCCUAACAGCUCUUCCAUCAUCCAUCCUUGUAUUCCCCAGCUCAAAGUCCUAGGAGUCAAGGAACCAAUACCACAGCCCUAUGCAAGACAGAUGGGGUGUUCUGUGUUCUGUUGAUGCCACUCUGCUCUCCCUUGUUGGUGUUGGGCCUGAGCUCUUCUUUCUUGGCUCUUCAGGCAACAUAUUGGUCAGUUAGGUCUCUUGUUUCUUACCUGCCUGUUAGUCUCUACUGCUUUCUCUUGCUUGAGACAUAGUUGCAGAGGUGAAACACAGGCAGCGUGGAAGGGUGGAAUGGCUCCCUUCACUAAAGGACCAAGAUCUGUGGCAAGUUACUCCCUUGAAGAGUAAAACACAAGAGUAGGCACUCAUCAGCCUGGCCAUCCAUAUGCCCUUUUACAAGAUGCCUCUUAGGGCCCAGCAAAAGGGUUCAGCAGGUAAAGGCACCAGCUGACAACCUGAAUUUGAUCCCUUGAACCCACACAUGUACCAUCCAUGACACAUGUGCACACAUAAAGAACUAACCCUCCCCUCCCCUAACAAAUGCCUCUUAGGACAAUUUUCUCUAGCCAGGUAAGAAAUGUUUGCCUUGGGAUGCAGCCCAAGACUGUGUAAGUCCAUAAAGCCCAGUGACACCAUGUGAAACAAAAGAAUGUUUUUUCCAGAUGAAGCUUCAAGGCAUGAGGAAACAAGUUCCCUGGAGUCCUGGGCAAGGGCAGGAUGUAAAGCCUGGAAUUGGUCAAUGACUGCUUAUAGCUGGUAACAUUGCUAUUUGUUUGGGUUUGUGACACCAAGCACCCCUUUGUCAAAAUGAGUUCCAAGCUCUCAUCCCUUUUGGUGGUGGUUUCUUCAUUGCUGUGACAAAUGCCUGAGAAAAUCAACUUAAAGAUUUAUUUUGGCUCGCGGUUUCA